AUGUCCAGGCCACCGCAGGGCCGUGGUCAGCCAAGGGUAGGUGCCACUUUUUAUCCUGGUGGUACAGACGAUUACUAUGUGCCAGAGGUCAUAUCCCCUUCUCCUCAAAGAGUAAUGCCUGAAGUUCCCGAAAACAUGCAGGAUAAUAUCGCCCACCUAGAACACGAGGCUCGCACCCCGCGAUCGUUCAGUAACAACAGCCACCAACAAGCAACCUACGACCGACAGCAUUUCCCUGACCGUUCGUCGUCCAUGCCUUCGCCGCGUUACAAUAACAAUCCCAACAAUAGCUACUACGACAACUCUCACAAUGGUGCUCCUUCACCUUCAUAUAAUCAAAUAUCCACCUACGAUGGCAUGGAUCAUCCCAACUUCUCGCCUUUCCCUGUGCUUCGCAACCCACCUCCUAAUGUGCCGCCGACCGAUGAACAAAAAGAGGCGAAUCUAGAAAAAGGGCGCGUCGCGGUUCUAUCCUCUAAUGACCCAGAUAUGCAACUGGCCUGGGCUCAGGAUGCGCUUACCUACGUCGAGAUUUCCAUGCAAAACGAAGCGCGCAUGUCGCAGAUUCAGCCUGCGCGACCACACACCCCUCAGAUUGAACAUCAGCUCAGAGUGGACGCGAUGAAUAUUGUGACUUUUCUGUCUGAGCAGCGCCACCCACAUGCCGAAUUUAUCAAAGGUAUGUGGCUGGAGUUUGGAAAAUUCGGAUACCGAGUCGACAAGAAGGAGGCCUUUCGCUCUUAUUCGCGGGCCGCAGAGAAAGGAUAUGCGCGUGCAGAGUACCGGAUGGGUAUGCAAUUUGAGAGCUCUAAUGAGCCGGCAAAGGCUAUCAGACAUUAUGAGAAGGGCGUUUCCAUGCGGGACUCUGCCUCGUAUUACCGCCUUGGCAUGAUGAUUCUUCUAGGCCAGCAUGGACAGCGACAGGACUACGAAAAGGGUUUGGAAUAUAUUCGCCUUGCGGCACAGACAUGCGAUGAGAAUGCGCCUCAAGGUGCCUACGUCUAUGGAAUGUUGCUCGCCCGAGAACUUCCUCAAGUUACAGUACCAGACCAAUUCUUGCCAAUCGACGCCAACGGCGCUCGAGUCAAUAUUGAAAAGGCGGCGUACCAUGGAUUCGCCAAAGCGCAGGUCAAGAUGGGAGCUGCAUAUGAACUAGGCCAAUUAGGAUGUGAAUUUGAUCCGGCAUUGUCUCUGCAUUACAAUGCUUUGGCCGCUAGACAGGGCGAGCCAGAAGCCGAAAUGGCAAUCAGCAAAUGGUUCCUCUGUGGUCACGAAGGACUAUUCGAGAAAAAUGACGAGACUGCUUUUACCUAUGCUCAGCGCGCAGCGCAGAGCGGUUUGCCCACGGCAGAGUUUGCUUUAGGUUACUUUUACGAAGUCGGAAUCCACGUUCCCGUCGAUAUCCAGGAGGCCCGACGAUGGUAUGCCAAGGCUGCUGCUAGUGGUAACAAGGAUGCUGCAGGACGAAUCGACAGUAUAUCACGAUCCAAGACGCUUUCUCGCAAGGACCAUGAGCAGGUCGCUAUUGCGCGGAUCAAAUCUCAAUACGGAUCGGCGAAUCGGCCCCGUCCAAACUAUGGUGGCGCAGCACAGGCUCCUCCUAUGUCACCGCCUCAGGAGAAUCUAGAGAUGCCUGACCCUUCACGAAUGCGGAUAUCUGAUGAUGGAUACGGAGCACCAUAUGGGGCUAAUGGACAACAGGGCUACGGACGUGGCUCAUAUGGCGGUCCGAUGGGCGAUCGUCCCAGCUCUGCAUUUGGUAUCAAUCCCAACAUAGGCUCACCAGGUUAUGGUCCUGGAGGACCCGGAGCCCCUGGCCCAGGUUACGGCCGAGGCCUCCCUGCUGGCCCUGCCCCCAGUCAGAAUGCAAUGGGAUACCGUCAAGGUGGCUCAGGCCCUAACUCUCCCAAAUUGCCACCAAGCCAGGGUGACCAAUACGGUAGCGCUCGCCCCGAUAUUGGCUACUCUGCACCUGAUAACCGUAGGCGACUUCAACGACCUGAACCUCAAGGAAUGGGACCGGGUCCUGGAGGUCCUGGAAUGGGCCCUGACCGUCGUUCGGGCCGAACACCAGAUUACGGCAGGCAACCCUCUGGCGCUUAUCCCCCACGAAACCAAUCAAUGACUCCCAGCUCAAUGCCUCCAGGAGGACUCGGUCGACCUUCGCCAGGCACAUCCCCACGACCUCCUGUGGGUGGUGCCCCUCCAGGCGGGCCGAUGAGUGCUCCUCCAAGCAGCAACCCAACACCAAAACCCCCUGCUGCUGCUUCUGCCCCCCCAGCCAAGAAAGGACCAAAGACAUUCGAAGAAAUGGGUGUCCCUCAGGGGAAAACCGAUAGCGAUUGUAUUUUGAUGUGA